ACCAGUUUUGCCCCUUCCGUAAUUGAAUUAUGUAAACAAAUACAAAAUGGAACAGAUGGAAUAAUUGAAGGGCAAUGAUGGGCACAAAAAGAUCAUUAGCAUUUGAUUAUAAAUGGAAUAACCAGGGAAAUCACUGCUCAUUUGUGUAGGCGACCCGUUGGAAUCCAUAUCAUUUCCAUCGAAAAUGCAGACGGAAAUUUUACAGUUUUACAGAAACAAAUCGGUUUUUGUAACCGGAGGCACUGGAUUUCUCGGAAAAGUGAUCAUUGAAAAACUGUUGCGUUCGACUGACGUAAGGCGAGUGUAUCUAUUGAUAAGGCCCAAAAAGAAUGACACUGUGGAAAGACGAUUUCAUGCCUGGAAAGAUGAGCAGGUUUUUGAGACCCUACUCAAGGCUAAGCCAGAGGCCCUGAACUUGGUGACACCCAUUGCAGGAGACUGCAGCGAACCUGGUCUGGGCCUCAGCGAUGAGGAUCGCCGGACAGUGACCGCCGAUGUGCAGGUGAUCAUCCACAGUGCCGCCUCCAUUCGCUUCGUUGAGCCGCUCCACAGGGCUGUUAACAUUAAUACGCGGGCCACGCGCCUAUUGAUUCAGCUGGCCAAGGAGAUGAAGGGCUUAGAAGCCUUCGUGCACAUCUCCACGGCCUUCUCCAACUGCCCCUCGCAGCACAUUGAGGAGCGUUUCUAUCCGGAGCACCUGUCGUGCCCGGCGGCCAAGGUGCUCGAACUUAACGACACUUUGAGCCCAGACCUGGUGGACAACAUGGCUCCGGCUCUGAUGGGAAAGUUCCCGAACACCUAUACAUAUACCAAGGCAUUGGCCGAGCAGGUCAUCCAGAUGGAGGGCCAGGACCUACCUAUCUGCAUUUUUCGUCCGGCGAUAAUUUUGGCAAAUUUCAAGGAACCGAUGUCAGGAUGGAUUGACAACCUUCACGGAAUCGUAGCCUUGAUAUACGGCAAUGCCCAUGGGAUCCUUCGCCUGUUAUAUGUCAAUCCUAAGUCGCAUGCUAUAGUAGUUCCUGGCGACUAUUGUGCCAACGUUGCUCUGGCUUCCGGAUGGCAGGUGGCAAAGAAUUCUGCAUCGCCAUCGUCCUGUCAGUUGCCGGUAAAGAAGCCGCCGCCCAUUUUUACCCUCGCCACAACCCAAUCAAAUCCAGUUACCUACGGGGAUGGGGUCGGGUUGGGCAUCUGUCAUAACAAUAAGAUUCCGGUGACCAAAACGAUUUGGUAUCCAUUUGCCCACUUCACCACCAGCCUUUGGUUGUUCAAGCUCGGCUGUAUAUUUUAUCAUCUGAUACCGGGUUACUUCUUUGAUCUCCUCCUGCGCAUUCAAGGCAAAAAGCCCAUUCUGAUUAAGACUUAUCAAAAGAUCCACGAGGCACUAUUGCUUCUAUUUCCCUUUAACGAAGUAACGUACGUGAUGGAUAUGAAGAAUACAAACCAGCUAUGGAAUUCCAUGUCGCCGGAGGACAAAGGAAUAUUUCCCUUCGACAUGGCCAAUCUUAACUGGGAUGAGUACUUCGUUCGCAUCUUGACCGGCAUGCGGGUGUUCCUUUUCAAGGAAUCCUGGGACACCUUGGAAUACGCCAAAAAGCGUUUGUUCAGGUUUUACCUACUGCAUCGAUGCCUUCAACUUGCACUGUGCAUGGUUAUUGGAAAGUUUGUGUGGAUAUUGUACAGUCUACUUGCCAAUACAUACUUUAAGAGCAUCGAGGUUACCCUGACGUCUCCGGUGAUCGAUUUUCCAAGUAUUUGAUCCUAAUGAGCUUCUGAAAGUCAAGGAUCUGCUUUUAGUACAAUUUAUAUUGUUGCCGAAAAUUACCAAAAAUAAACUCCUACUGCGAUAUAACAUUCUUUAA